GUUAUAUAAAGCCUCCUCUUCUGGAAAAAUUAAAAUAAAAUUGUCACGUAUUUUUCCAUCUUCUCUACAAUUCAACACAAUUCCGUUAAUGGCUUCAUUAUCUCUUGCUAGAGCUAUGCGGGUGAAGAACAAAACCCCAGCCCCAAUCCAAAUCACGGCAGAGCAGAUUCUCCGGGAAGCUAGAGAACGUCAAGAGGCGGAAAUCAGAUUGCCCAAACAGAAAAUCUCUGACCCAACAGAAGUAGCUGAUUAUCGCCUUCGCAAGCGAAAGGAAUUUGAGGGUUUAAUUAGCCGUGUAGGCUGGAACAAGAAUGUGUGGGUGAAAUAUGCUGAAUGGGAAGAAUCACAAAAGGACUUGAAGCGUGCUCGUUCUAUUUGGGAACGUGCACUUGGAGUUGAUGCACUUAAUCGUGACCAUACCAUCUGGUUGAAGUAUGUUGAUAUGGAGAUGAAGAAUAAGUUUGUUAAUCAUGCUCGUAAUCUAUGGGAUCGAGCUGUUAUCCGUUUGCCUAGGGUUGAUCAGUUGUGGUACAAGUAUAUUCAUAUGGAAGAGAUGCUUGGCAAUGUAGCUGGUGCAAGACAGAUUUUUGAGAGGUGGAUGGGGUGGAUGCCGGACCAGCAAGGGUGGUUAUCUUACAUUAAGUUUGAGUUAAGGUAUGAUGAAAUAGAGAGGGCAAGAGAAAUUUUUGAGAGAUUUGUGGAGUGUCAUCCGAAAGUUAGUGCUUGGAUUAGGUUCUCAAAAUUUGAGAUGAAGAAUGGGGAGAUUGGGAGGGCAAGGAAUUGUUAUGAAAGGGCUGUGGAUAAGUUGGAAGAUGACGAUGACGAAGCUGAGCAGUUGUUUCUGGCAUUCGCAGAGUUUGAGGACAAGUGUAAGGAGAUGGACAGGGCACGGUGCAUAUAUAAAUUUGCACUUGAUCGGAUACCAAAAGGGCGAGCUGAGGAUUUGUACAGCAAGUUUGUGGCAUUUGAAAAGCAGUACGGUGAUAGGGAAGGUAUUGAGGAUGCUAUAGUUGGAAAAAGGAGGUUUCAGUAUGAGGAUCAAGUCAAGAUGAAUCCACGUAACUAUGAUACGUGGUUUGAUUAUAUUCGUCUAGAAGAGAGCAUUGGAAAUAAAGAGAGGAUUAGAGAGGUUUAUGAGAGAGCCAUUGCUAAUGUUCCUCCUGCUGAAGAGAAGCGGUAUUGGCAACGAUACAUUUACUUAUGGAUUAAUUAUGCAUUAUAUGAAGAAAUUGAUGCACAAGACAUGGAAAGAACCAGACAUGUUUACCGGGAGUGUCUUAAGCUGAUUCCACAUCACAAGUUUUCAUUUGCAAAGAUUUGGUUGUUGGCUGCCCUGUUUGAGAUUCGGCAGUUAAGACUCAAGGAGGCACGGCUUCUACUUGGAGAAGCGAUUGGAAGGGCUCCUAAAGACAAGAUAUUUAAGAAGUACAUUGAGAUAGAGCUGCAAUUUGGGAACAUAGAUCGUUGCAGAAAGCUUUAUGAGAAGUACUUAGAAUGGUCACCAGAAAAUUGCUAUGCUUGGAGAAAAUUCGCCGGGUUAGAGAGGUCCUUGUAUGAAACGGAGAGAGCCAGAGCUGUUUUUGAGCUUGCAAUUGAUCAACCUGCACUGGAUACUCCAGAGUUACUAUGGAAGGCUUACAUAGACUUCGAGAUCUCUGAGGGUGAAUUUGAAAGAACAAGAGCACUAUAUGAAAGACUUCUUAACCGCACCAAACAUUUAAAGGUGUGGAUAAGUUAUGCCAAGUUUGAGGCAUCGGCUAUGGAAUCAGAUGUUGAACAGAAACAGAAGUGCCUGCAAAAUGCUAGAGAUGUUUUUGAGAGGGCCGUUUCUUACUUAAGAAUAUCUGCACCUGAACUGAAGGAAGAAAGAGGAAUGCUUUUGGAAGAAUGGCUAAAUAUGGAAAACAGUUUUGGUGAGCUUGGAGAUGUCAAUUUAGUCUAUGCCAAACUACCAAAGAAACUGACGAAGAGAAGGCAAAUAGACAUGGAGGAUGGUCCAGCAGUCUACGAGGAGUACAUAGACUAUCUUUUCCCUGAAGAAAUGCAGGCGAACAAUCUUAACAUUUUGGCUUCUGCUUAUAAAUGGAAGAAGCAGCGGGUUGCAUCCGAGGAGUAGCCAGAUUCUGUGUUAGCUUACAUUGUAUAUAGAUUUUAUUGCUGUUUUCUGUUAGCUUCCAUAACUCUAGUUUUGGUGGUACCCAAACUUAAAGUUUGC